UUCUAAGCUGUGUUUUAUGUGUGUGUGUCCAUGUCUCUGUCUAUAUUAUUGAAAAUACAACAUCCCUUACUACUGUCUCUGCUCUGUUGUCUAUAAUUUCAAACUUAUGUGUAUAAUAUGAGUAACUGUAAAUCUAUAUGUGCGUGUGUUUUUAUCACAAAAACCACUAAAACACAUUCACUGUGUCAAUCAAAUCACAAAACCUCGAACUCAACACCCAAAACCAAAAAAAAAAAAGAAAUUAACACAAAAUACAGUCAAUUGCGUAAUUCUCAUUUGCUAAUUAAAAUAAAAUAAAAAAUUCCUCUAUAUCACAAAUUUCAUCAAAAAAAAAUGAAUGAUGAAAACUGUAUCACAACGACCACAACAACAACAACAGCGCGUUCACAAUCCGUUGGUCCGGCCGAGCAUGUCUCGCCGAAACGUCAACUGCGCUCCGCCAGCACAGCGCCUAGCGCCCGGCUAACGGCUGGCAAGAAGACACCCGUUGUACCUCAUCAUGCGACAAGCGCUGGAACGGCCGCAAGCGGAACCGCCGUCGAACGUAAGCCACGCCCAUCCACCCUAUCCACCACACUCCAUUUACGUACGAAGAGUAGUUCCCUACCACCGCCCAGCGGCAGAGCUCAGUCAGCUUCUGCUACUGCGGCUACCACUACUACUACAACUAACGCAGCAACUGCAAAACAGUCGAAAUCCACACACGAAUCCACGAAAUAUCCGAAGUCCAGUCAGCUGUGCAAAAACUUCACACAAACUGCAUACGGUAUGCCGUUAUUGCGCAAGAAAGAUAAAGACAAGACAAAUUUGAUAAGUCUUGGCAACAGCAGAGCUGGUGAGACUCGCGCCGUCAAAGCGCGCCCGAAGUCCACAGGUGCUGCCAUAAAUGUAACAGCAAGUGGUGCAAAGCCCGCCAGACCGGUUUCCCUCACCGAGGCCACACUGCUGCCAAGUAAGGCAGCUACGACCACAAAGGCGACCACGGCUAGAAUCGCCACUAAUGUCGCGAAAAUUGAAGCAACAACAACAAAAUCAUUGGAAAAAGAAUUGAAAAGCGAUAAGGAAACACCGAAAACAGCAGCAACAACAGCAAAAGCUCCAGCUCCAGCUGUUGUCGCAGGCAAGGACGCCGAAGGAUUGCAACCAAAACAAAAGGACACUUUAAUGCCACUCAAAACGGCAGAUCCCAUGAUGACUAGCGUAUUCGGCGCGCUACCAAAUGUUGGGUCUGACAGCAAAGAUGUCUCAAAUCUGAUGACCGCCAGCGUGUAUGGUCAAUUCGGUGGCAGUCGCGUCACUGCUGAUCCCAUGUUGACGAGUGUAUUUGGACAAUUGCCGGCUGGAGCGGUUGCCAGAGACGCUGCACGCAAUAUUGCCGUUGGUGGUAGUGGCAGCGGUGGUGGUGAUGAUGUUGGUGGUGGCAGUGGUGUUGGUAUGGUUAGUGGUGCUGGUGGUGGUGGUGUUGAUGUCACAGCGGUCAAAACCGUUGAGCCAGUAUUGGCCAAAAAUCUCACCUUGACUGGCUUAACGGUACCAUACGCGCGGGAUCAUAAGAAAUCCGGUGAAAACGAUGCUGAAGAUGGGCGCGAUACUGCUAUAUCUGUGUCGAGUUGCAGCCCACAGCCGGCGCCUGAAAUACCUGAUGAGCCUAUUGUUAAGUCGCCACCAGAGCCUACACGCGUCAAAUCGCCAGAGCAGAUAUUAAUGCGCUCGCCGGAUCCGGUCAAUUGGACCGUGCCACUGGAUACAGGGAAAACAUUCACUGUUACGCAGAACGUGAAAGAGGGUGAAAACUAUAGUCGGCCACAGAGCGAAAUAAAGGCUUCGACUCCGGUCGAGAAGCCACCACCACCACCACAAUCGGCACCGCCACAACUAACCGAACAGGCUAAAAUGGACGCCUGGAAACAUGCCGAACCGAAGAUGGGCACCACAAGUCCAACCGGUACCGUUGGUGCUGGACGCUCAAUUGUCGCCACGCAGCCAACCGCUGGCGCUGGUGGUCUGCCAUCACCUCCACCAUCGCUGGCAUCAACAGCAAUAGCAACCGGUAAGCCAGUGCCUGGCUCAACAUUGCGCUGCCUCGAUGACCCCAUCUUCGAUGUGGACAUUGGCCAUUUGGGUGGUGGAGGUGGUGGUGUUGGUGGUGUCAGCGCUGGUGGCGGUGGCAACACUUCGUCAUCGUCCACGUCGACCACCACGGCGGUGACAGCACGCACCACAGCGAACGAUGUGCUAGAAAAGGCUCGUGACCGUUUCGAUCGCUUCUGGGGCGGCAGCAAGGAGGAGCAUGUUUAAGUUGACGCUUGUUCGAAACCAAUUACAAUGAAACAAUGUUUAUUUCAAAUGAAAGACGCUGGUCGAAAUGAUGUUGGUGAUGAUGUUGAUUAUUUUGAUGAAAAUGUAAUUGCUAUCAAAGCAACGUAGGCCGCACUGAGGUUAGAGUUUUGAGGUGGACCGCAUGAAGUUCAGCUGAGAUUUUUAUACUCAACGAGAGACACAGCCGGUUAGUCAAAUUCAUUAAAUAACUUUUAUAAUAAUUGCAAUAACAACUAAUUACUAUUAAAAUGUGUAACACAAAGUGAAUAUGUAAAAACAAAAGCAAAUACAACAAUUAAGCGAAUAGAAAAAUCAGAAACACGAAACAUAUGUGUGAAAAAAACUAGCAUAGAAUAAAACAAAGAAGACAAGCAAAUAUGUAAUAAAAGUUUUUAGUGCAAAGUACUUGCAUGAAAGUCAUAGCAAUAAUAUGAAAAUCUAAGUAUGCAGUGUGUCAAACUAUAUACCUUCACAAACACACACACACAUAACCACACAAACUCUUACUACAGCGCAAAUUACACGCAAGCAAACACUGUGUUAGCGUUGCGCUCUUUAAUGCCACACCAAUUGACACACUCGCGCUAUAAGCCAUGACAACAUUAGAAAAACUAGAUAUUUUAUUAAAUUAACAAAUCAAAUCUUGUCAUAUACUCGUAUAACUAAAUAGUUUAAUAAAAUGCAUAUGUAUGUGUUGGAAUAUUUCAUUGAAAAAUACACAGGGUAGCAGGAUUUCAAUUCAUAGUUUUUACUAAGUCUACACGCAGCUAAAUGAAAGAUGUUUUUAAAUUAAGUCAUAAGCAAAAAACUGUUGAAACAUCAAAUUGAAGAUACCAAAAAAUAAGCCUGGAUGUCGCUUCAUAAGCUUAACUGACACAACUUCAGUUUAUUUCAGCAGUGAAGUACAUUUUGUUGCGAAAGAAUAAAAUUUAUUCGGAGCGAAAGAGUGUUUAGUAUCUUCUGUUAAAAUUUUGAAAUUAACCAGAGCAAUUAGUUCGAAUUAUUUAAAUUUAAUGUUUAAUGUUAAUGAACUCGUUGAGAAUCCUAAUAAUGUUCGCCGUUAUUAUAGAACGUUUUUUGAAGGAACAAAAUUAGCAUGAAAAAUAUUACAUAAAAUUUAAAUUAAUUUAUAUAUAAUACAUAUGUUGUGUUUGCCACUUAAUUCGCGGUAAAUUUCAUUAAGCAAAUUGUAGCAAUUAGAGUUGUCGAUUUCUUUUCUUCGAUAAUUUAGUAGCAUUUAAAAAUAAUUUUUUUCCAAGAGACUCAAAUGCACUCGAAUGAAAGAUACUACGAUAAAUGUGUAUUAAUUUCAUUAAUUAGUAAAUUACUAUAUUAAAUAUGUAAUAAUUUAAUUAAUUAGCAACUCAAAUUCUAUUAAAAUUGUCGAUGAAAGUAUAAAACAUUAACAUAUGGACAUUAAGCGCAAUUUAAUCCUUAUUUUUGAGUUUCUAUGAUUUACAUAAAGUUUAACAAAAUUUCAAUACAACUUUUCUGACAUGCCUGAAUCACCAAAACUAUGUAGAACUACAAAUGUAGAUAUAAGUACUACUGGAGACUUCGGAUAUCGUAGCAAAAACCAACAAAGAGGCUUGGCUUCCAAAAUGCUGCUUUUAAGAAACUUACGAAAUAAAGGCAAAUUUAAGAGAAUUUAAAAUAUGGUAUUGUGAGACUGCUGGUUUUUUCAACUUUUUUUCUAUCGACUUUGGCCAUUUAAUGCGUUGUAGUUUUGAAAUAUUUAUAGCGAAUUCGAACCUAAGAGCUUCUUUCAGUCAAGGUCUCUUUCAAAUUGAGUAUUUUCUAUAUCUAUUCCGACUACAUGAAGCCUUGCCAGACAGCAGUCGAGUUCGAUGAGGGCAAGUUUUUACUCCGAUUGCAAGCAAUAUAAUUUAAAAAUAGCUACCGUUAUUAGUGGUUUUUAAAACCUCAAUUGCUUAAAACUCUUCAACGACAUUUCUCUUCAUAAGAGUUAGCUUCUACAAAAUCGCAAGGCGCCCAACUCGAGGUCAUUUCUAAGGCAUAGAGUCAAAGUUUUCUAAUCUUUUAGUAUUGCUUAGAAGAGAAAUGAUCUUACGUAAUAGUUCAUAAUGAGAUUGAUCAUCACUUGAAAAAGAAAAAAAAAUACGUGAAAGACACUUGGAAACUUGCUGAUUGUUAAACAACUGACAUUUCGUUAAAGAGAGUGUAGUUUCUUCAGAGAAUUUUUUAGAUAAAAAGGUUGAGCCUUUCCAGAAGAAAACACAGGUCCGACGUUAUUAAAGUUCUUAACCGAAAUUUCGGAUUUAAGUUCCGAAAAGCCACUCAUUGAUUUUAUUAAGUGAGAAAAUUAUACGAGAAUUAUACAUACAAAUCUUUUUGACUACCUUUUCAUAAAUCGGCAUUCCAUGAAUCAGAUAAUUAUAUUUUGUUGUUAAACUUCAGACCUACAUUACAAUUACAUAACCUUACUGAAAGCUAACUAAAUGUUUGGGGAAUAUAAACUCAACAUAUAUGUAUAUGUAUAUUUAGAAAAUGUGUUCAAUUGUCUAAGAACUCAUUAAUAUUAAGCUCAAUACGCAUGUACUUAUGUAUGUAAAACUCUAAAAUAGUUGUCUUUAAUUUAUAAUACUUUUGGUAAAUUAAUUAAAUGUAUGCCAAUGCGAAAUAUUUCUUUUGCAGCUUAAGACAAAUAUAAAGACAAAUUGAAUUUGUGCGCAAAACAAGGAAGUUUUUAUUGUUAAUUACAAAGAGCAAGAGAGUAGGAAGACAUAAUUAUUGAGAGGCUUUAUUUUAAGUUUGAACUACUUCGUUUUUUGUUUUUUUAUAGAGAAGAUUUAAUUUAAGAGGUAAAUAUUUUUUUCCAUUCUAUCCAUAUUUUUUAUUAAAAAAUGAAAUACCUGAAGAAAUAACAAAGAAAAUAUUAUAAAAAAAAUCAAAUACUUUCUAUUUUUAUGUUUAAAUUUUUAAAAUUUUUUAUUUUGUUUUUUCUUUGAAAUUAGUUUAUAAACACGAGCAUAUGCGGCAACUAAGAUAAACAAUUAAAAAUAUUUUUUUUAUUUAUUUUUUUAAUUUUUUAAAUUAAUUUAUCAUUUAUUUUUUUGGCCAUAUUAGCGGAAUAUAUUAAAAGGUGUCGUUAAUGAGUGACUUGGAACACUUGCUAUUAAUUAGCUCACAUUGUUGCAUUAAGAGACACACAUACAUACAUAUUAAUAAAAAUCGUAAUCAAUCAUCAUCAAACCAAAAACAUCAUCAUCACUUCAUAUAUGAAAAGUAGGCAUCAAAAAAAGACCCGUCCAAAACAUAGUAUAUAAAAAAUACAAGCUUAAACAACUAUAAGGAAACAUUUUUGAACUAAAUAACUAAAGUAAAUUUAGGUGCAACAAAAGUAGAGAGAUAACUACUUACAACCUCUAAAUAAAUAACAAAAACAAAAACGCAUGCAUAUACAUAUAUAUAUGCCAAUUAUGUAUACAUACAUAUAUGUUUUACAACAGGGUUGUAUUUCAGGGUGAACAUUGCAAAGUGAAAGUGUUCGCCAGUUUUAAAUUUUUUUAACAAAACACAAAAACAUACUUGCAUAACAGCAUGCCAGCACUUUCUUAUAUAAACAAUACAAUAAUAAUAACAAAUAUAUGGUAUGCAACGGCGCGUUUGCAACAAAUGUGUGGGGAAUUUUCAUGUUGAAAAGCUAAGCAUAUUCAUAUUAAAACAAAGAUCAAGAAUAUGCAAUUGUUGUUUUGAUAAUUUUGUGGUAGAACUCUGUGGAAAUAAGCGCAUAAGUGAGACAUUAUUAUUAAAAAAAUUUGAAAAAUUAUGUGGGUCAAAAUACCAUCACUUAUAUAUGUAGAUGAUUUCGAGACGGCGAGUGGAUUGUGAACGUACUAUUGAAAAUGUCAGACAAAAUUAACCAAAACAAUUGUUUAUGGCAUUUACUUAUUAUGUAAGAUAAUCAAUAGUUUCGAAAAAAGCACUAAAAUAAAAAUUAAAAUAUUUGUAAAAAGAAUGUUUUAAUUAAAAACCUAUUUUGAACAAAAAAACUAAUGGAAGCUAUUUUUGUUAUUAAACGCUUGCAAAAUAUUUCAGCGCAAUUUUUUUGUAACAACUGGUUGGUUCUCUAAAUGAGCUCCUGCAUAAAUUACAAUUUAGUUCAAUAUUGAUUUAAAGCUUCCUAAUUAUUAUAGAGUUUGACAAAUAUUUUGAUAAAAAAGCAAGCGCCAACAUUUUUUUAGCGGAAAUAAAUAUUUAUUUAUUAAGCAUCAAGUAGCCUUUAUGUAAUGCCUCAAUCAAUGCAUAUAAAAUAAUUGUUAUAUUUGUUAUAGAUGUAGUACUAAUACCGCUUGUGCAUAUAAGAAUUAUUUAAAUAAAAGUUUGUUAGCGUUUAUUAGCAAAACCUGGGAGUGUGACAGAUGUUUUUUUUUUCAUUACAUUAACGUUGCUUCAUACUAACGCUGAGGAUUGGAUAUGUUUGUCUGUAACUUGGCGGACUUUGCGAUAUAAUGAACUUAAAGUGAGAUUUCAAUACUUGUAAAUUUAUGAUUUAUGAUUUUUGUUUUAAGAUUUAUGAUUUAGGAUUAAUGAUUAAUAAUUUAUGAUUUAUAAUUAACGAUUAAUGAUUAAUGAUUUAUAAUUUAUUUUCUAUGAUUUGUGGUUUAAAGUCUUAGGAGAACUCUUACAAACGAUCAAAGUGGUUUACGGUAUGUGUAAGGAAACUGAAUCGAAUUUCAAGUAAGAAAAGCGUUAUCAACAUGAAACAGUUGACAAAGUAUUAAAGUAUAAAGAGCGUAAUGCUUUAGAUUAUUAAAAUUUUUGCAUGUUAAAAUAUCACUCAUUAUUUACCGUAAUAUAAGUGAAAUAAAAACUCUCUAUAUGUAACAUACUAAUAAAUUAUACUUAUAGUACCACAUAUUAUUGAUCGGCAAGUUUAAUAAAUAGUUCAAGCUAAAAAACUAAUACUGGAGUUAUUUGACAUUGGACAACUUUAUGAGCGACUGAAAUAUAAGUAAAAAAAAAACAUAUUUGAGAAGGCUUACAAGUAUACACAUUUGCAUAGAGUCUGCUAAAUAAUUACAAGUUGCAAAUUUGUUGGAUUUAUUUGCAUAAUAAGCAGGGUAAACUUAUAUCGCGCCUACUUCUUUCCUAAUUUCAUUAAUUUCUUCGGACCUUAUUGAAAAUCUCAUUGCCACAGAGCUGACAAGACGAAACUAUAAAAUGGGUGAAUCCGCAGAUAAUAGAAAAGUCGAAAAAUGGAUUGAAAAAAUAUAAGAAAUUUAUUUAAAAUAGUAAAAAAGCAUAAACUCUAAAUAACAAUACAAAUUCUCAAUAAAAGUCAUACUAGAAUAAGAAACAACAACAAUAAAUGAAUUGCAAUGUUUUAAAAUCUAGUUAGUGACAGCAAAAUCAAUUUUUUUCACUGGCAAGAAAAAGCAUAACUUGAAUACAAAGAUCAAGCAAGCAAACCAAUAAGAAAUCCAUAGAUUAGUAACUUAGGCACAACGGAGAGAUCACGUAUAACUUUGAAAACAGAUGCGCAUGCAGUUCGAUGUCUAACAAUAUACUAAAUGUAUGUAGGUACUCAUAGUAGUUCAAUAGCUAAAGAAAUACUAAAAUUUAGAAACCAUAAAUCUGUAAAAGAAAAAUUUAAAAUAGAAUAACUAACAAAUGCCAUAAAUAUAAAAAAUUAAAAUAAAUUCCAAGUGCGGAAAAUUACUGAGAGGAUUGGAGGAUUGCUUACAAUUCUAUGCUGUUGUAUGUAUUGUAGUGAACUAAGUACUAAGGCAAAAGUGAAAGAAGUUAAGAGUAGGUGCAUAUGGGAAAAAGAGAAACCACUUUCAAGUUCUAGUAUAUACUACAAUACUAUAUAGCUUUUCAGCGAGAAACACAUGAUUCUUCAAAUUCCAUAGAAUUGGCUGUUUUUGCUGUACACAAUCGUCAAAGCAGCCUGUCUAAGUAGCUGCGAAAGUCCGUUGGAAAAAUCUGUAUUUCGGGCUCAUAUUGACUCAUAUAGGCUUUUGUAUAAUAAUACAGCAGCCGAUUCCAUAUAAAAGGCUUUCGGAGUGCACUCUUUUAAAUUGAGUUGGAACAGGUUUUCUAUUAUUUUUAACAGUGCUAUAUUUCGCAUGGUGACUAUACAGGCAUUUAUGCCAAAAAUAGACUAGACUGCAUAGAUUUAAACUUCUGGGUAGUCAUAGUGCCGUGUCGCAACUUUUUGUAUCCCACACAAAUACAAACACCCUUUGGGAAAAAAUCUCUAAGAUUUUUCUCUGCCACGUAAACAUUUUAAAAAUGGAAUCUGUUAAAGUUUUACAAAUAUUAUCUUAUUUUUUUAAUAAAUAUUUCAGUUUGAUUAUUUUUAUUGGUACGUUUUGAAUAUUUAAAAUAAUGCAAGUAAAUAAAAAACAAAGAAACAUUUAAAAAGCGAUACUAAAAA